GUUAGAAAAAGUCAUAUGCGCGAAUUUUCAUCGCCUGUUUCCAGUCACGGCCCCGGAAAACGCAUGACACGAAAGUUUGACAUGGAUGUUCCGGAACCGAAGGAGGAAAUUUCGAAAAAGAAAGAUGAAAGUGUUGGUAAGGACGCUGAAUUAGUGGCCGAAGGCGAAGUAAAUGCUAAAAAGAUACGAGAAGAAUGUUUCGAAAAGGAUUUAAGUCCUAGAAUUGUAGAAGAAGAGUACAGUAAAAUUAAUAUAAUAAAUAUUAAAAAAUUUGAGAAGAAACGUGCAGAAGAUAAAGAGGUGUCUAAAGAGACGUCUUCUUCAAAAAAGAAGAAAGCUAAUUUCAAAGUGAGGGCGUCAAAACGUUUGAUUUGGAAACACGGAGAAUUGGUUCCAAAGACCUCUGAAAUGUACGAGGAGGUUUUGAAUGCAAGAAAAGAAAUCGAUAACUUGAAAACUAAAGAUAAACGGUAUGCGAAUAACAUUAGCAAGCUUGCAAACAACCUCAAAGCAAACGUGUUUGCAGACAAAAUAAGUACCCUAACAACUCUUCAGCGAAGUUUUAUAGAAAUGGUCCUCAGAAAUUCAAAUAAACACCCUAAUGGUAGGCGAUUUACAAGUGAUGAAAAGCUGUUGUGUCUUUCAAUUUAUAAAAGAUCGGCUGCAACACAUAGAUACUUAGGAACUUUUUUGCCACUUCCAAGUCCAACGUCAGUGAACAAGCUACUCAUCCAGAUUCGUCUUGAUACCGGUGUAACUCAGACCAUGAAAGAACUACUGAAGGAUGCUGCCAGAAGAAUGACUGAUGAGCUUGAUAAAGUCUGCGUUCUCAUGUGGGACGAAGUUUCUCUGAAAUUGCACUUCCAGUAUUCUGAACGAAAAACAAAAAUUAUUGGUUUUGAGGAUUGGGGAACAAGUCGAACCAAUAAGUAUGCAGAUCACGCUCUUGCAUUUAUGUUAAGAGGAAUGAAAAAUGACUGGAAAAUUCCUCUUACAUACAACUUUUGUGGUGGACAAACAACACACGAACAGUUAGCAGAGCCGUAACUGCAGCUGGAUUUAAUAUCGCAGCCACAGUUUGUGAUCAGGGAUCAUCUAACAUUAAAGCAAUUAAAUUGUUACAGAUAGAUGCGGACAAAGUCAGGUAAUAGAAGCAAAUUUCCCAGUAUUGGACGAUUCUCAUCGAUAAUGUCGAAAUUAUUCCUUUAUAUGAUCCACCACAUACACUAAAAUGUAUAAGGAAUAAUCUUCUGACCAAAAAUUUGGAAUUUGAGAUGAAGGCGAACGCUGCAGAAGAGGAGAAAAGGAAUCGUAUG